AUGCGCAAGGUGUUCCACGCACCUUUCAAAUUCGAAAUUUCGCGAACUUUGACCUCAUCCAGCGUGUGGCCAGUAUCAUCACGUCACAGCCUUUUCUCCGUUCUCUCCACUACACCACGAGAAGGAGACGCCACAAUGCCUCUGCGAAUGGACGUAAAGCGGAAGCUGCUGGCGAGGUCUGACAGGGUCAAAUGUAUGGAUCUCCACCCGAAGGAGCCCUGGAUGCUCGUCUCUCUAUACAACGGCAACGUACACAUCUGGAGCCAUGAAUCCCAGACGCUGGUUAAGUCAUUUGAAGUGACAGAUUUACCAGUUCGAGCAGCAAAGUUUGUGGUGAGGAAGAGCUGGGUGGUGACGGGGUCAGACGACAUGUUGGUCCGAGUCUUCAACUACAACACUCUGGAGAAGAGUCAUUCUUUUGAGGCUCACACGGACUACAUCCGCUCCAUCGUCGUCCAUCCUACCCACCCCUACAUACUCACCAGCAGCGACGACAUGUCUAUAAAGCUCUGGGACUGGGAGAAGAAGUGGCAGUGUAGCCAGGUGUUCGAAGGCCACAGCCACUACGUGAUGAUGAUUGUCCUCAAUCCAAAGGACCACAACCAGUUUGCCAGUGCCUCUCUCGACAGAACUAUUAAAGUGUGGCAGCUGGGGUCUCCCACUCCAAACUUCACUCUGGAAGGCCACGAGAAGGGUAUCAACUGCGUCGACUAUUUCCAAGGUGGAGACAAGCCUUAUCUUAUCUCUGGAGCCGACGACAGGUUGGUAAAGGUUUGGGACUACCAGAACAAAGCAUGUGUGCAGACAUUGGAAGGCCACGCCCAGAACGUGACUGCGGUUGCAUUCCAUUCCGAACUCCCCAUUCUCAUGACCGGAUCCGAAGAUGGAACCGUUCGUGUUUGGCACGCAAACACCUACCGCCUGGAGACGACUCUCAAUUACGGUCUCGAGAGGGUGUGGUUUAUCUGCCAGAUGAGAGGCUCGAACGACGUUGCCAUUGGUUACGACGAGGGCAGCGUAAUGAUCAAGCUGGGGAGGGAGGAGCCGGCGAUGAGUAUGGACAGCAGUGGGAAGAUAGUGUGGGCGAAGCACUCGGAGCUCCAGCAGGUGAAUCUGAAGGUCCUGGGGGAGAUGGAGGUGAAGGACGGAGAGAGGCUGCCGGUGGCCGUCAAAGACAUGGGCAGCUGCGAGAUCUAUCCUCAGAACAUCUCUCACAACCCUAAUGGACGGUUUAUGGUGGUGUGUGGAGAUGGAGAGUACAUCAUCUACACUGCCAUGGCCCUCCGGAACAAGAGCUUCGGCUCCGCUCAGGAAUUUGUGUGGGCGGCCGACUCCUCCGAGUAUGCUAUUCGAGAAGGGACCUCGCGUGUCAAGAUCUUCAAGAAUUUCAAAGAGAAGAAGUCGUUCAAACCGGAGUUUGGAGCCGAGGGGAUUUUCGGGGGACAUCUCCUCGGCGUCACCAGUAGCAACAGUCUCACUUUGUAUGACUGGGAGAGCCUGGAGCUGAUACGGAGAAUCGAAAUCUCCGUCAAACACGUCUACUGGAGUGAUAGCGGAGAACUCGCUUGUCUGGCUUCAGACGACUCGUACUACAUUCUUCGCUACCAUGCCGACGCAGUCCAGGAGGCGACGUCGACCAAUCAGGGAAUAGACGAGGAUGGAAUCGAGGCAGCUUUCGAGGUGGUAGGUGAGGUGGAAGAGACAGUGAGGACUGGUCUGUGGGUGGGGGACUGUUUCAUCUACACCAACUCCGUCAACAGGAUCAACUACUAUGUCGGAGGAGAGAUCGUCACCAUUUCCCACCUGGACAGGGUGAUGUAUCUCCUUGGCUACAUUCCCCGUGACAACCGACUGUAUCUGGGAGACAAGGAGUUGAACAUUGUCAGCUACAGUUUGCAACUCUCAGUUCUCGAGUACCAGACCACCAUCAUGAGGAAAGACUUUGACAGCGCUGACAAGGUGCUGCCGACCGUCCCCCACGACCAGCGAACUAGAGUUGCACAUUUCCUCGAGAAACAAGGAUUCAAACAACAGGCCCUCGCCGUUUCCACAGACGUCGACCACAAAUUUGACCUCGCUGUACAACUACAAGACCUCGGCGCUGCGUAUGAACUCGCAAAGAAAACAGAGAGUGACGUAAAGUGGAAACAACUUGCCGACAUGGCAACUGGGCGUGGUCAGUUUGGCCUGGCAAUGGAAUGCCUCCGACACGCCCACGACUAUGGGGGCCUGUUGCUAUUGGCAACCAGUGCAGGUGAUGCGGAGACACUGGGGAAGGUGGGGGAGGAGGCGAGGGCUGGCGGGCACAAUAACAUUGCCUUCAUCUCAAACUUCCUCCUGGGACAGCUCGAGGAAUGUCUGGAGAUCCUCAUCUCCAGUCAGAGGUUGCCCGAGGCCGCAUUCUUCGCACGCACGUACCUUCCCAGCCAGAUCUCCAGGGUGGUUGGACUGUGGAAGGAGAAGCUGGCAGCGACCAAUCAGAAGGCGGCACAGUCUCUCGCAGAUCCGGCGGAAUACGAGAACUUGUUCCCAGGGCUGCAGGAGGCUGUGAGGGCCGAGCAGCUGCUCAAGACCGAGCGGUCCCGGCUCCUGCCUGCCAGUGCCUUCCUCUCAGUUACCAACCCAUGUGAUAGGAACAUUCUAGAAGAGUUGAGGUCAGGCCAGUUGGGCUCUACCCCGCCCCUCCCUGCCGAAGCCACACCCACAAAACAAGAGACCACACCCACUCCAGAUGACGAGGAGGGAGAGGACUUUGACCUCAACAUUGACGAGGAUUUGGAUCUCGAUGAUUUGGAUCUGAAUGCAGACGAAAUAGAGCUCGGGGAAGAGGGAGAUCUGUUACAAGACUGACGUAUGACCCAGGACGUUAGCUGAAAGCCUCACUCACAUAAUAAUAUCAAACAAUUUGUGGGUUGCUCCUCUAAUAAUUCUUUGUUUUACUAAAAUAGAGAUCAUCAUUUUCUGUACAUAUUAUUGGUUCCAACGUAUAAUUUUUUGAAUGCGACAAUAAGUGUUUCGAAAUUACCUAAAAACGUUAUUUUUUAGCUAGCUGCUCGUUAUUCUCUUGUAGAAGUACAAAUAGGCGUGGCCUAUGGGUGGGGCUGCUGACUCGGCAACUUUUUCGUCGUUGAAGAUGACCCAUCGCCCUUCUUUCUUGAUGUGACAGACGUAGUGGCCACAUAGUGUUGAGGUACCCAUGUGACUGAUGAACGCAUGGAGUCGAUAUUUGCCUGGUCCAUCUGGACACUUUUUCCUUGCCCCAGACCCCGCCUCCUCCGUUUCCAUGGCGUCCAGUUCGUCGGUGUGGCUAAACACCCAGUCGGCCGCUCGCUCAACGUUGUUACCCGUCUCCUUCAGAGCUCUCAAUGCAUGAUCUCUCGUGAACCCUAGCGACAUCACUAUGGCAACCGCACCUUCGUCUGCGCCAGCACUGGUCGAUGGUGCGUUGGGUUGAGGUGGAGUGAAUGGAGCUGAGAAAUCUGACAGUUUCCAGAGGAUUACAAGGGAUUACUGAAGAUUACAGCAACACAAAAUGGUUUACUGAAGAUUACUGGAAUAUGCAAACAGACAUGAAGUUUAAAGGGGUAUGCAAAGAUGAAUAUGCAAAGGAUUACAGGAGUAUACUGACCGGGAUCGCCCAUGUGCUCCAGC